AUGGCCCGUUCUGCAGUCUGUUUAACGCUGUUCGCAGUCCUUGGGAUGGUCAUUGCUGGACCAGCAGGGCACUAUCCUGGACCACAUUCGCCCGAAGCGUACUCACCAUCCUGGGGACAUUGUAACGACAGAACCAAGCAAAUUCGCAAAGAUUUUAAUAGGGCUACGCCAGAAGAACGAAAAGAAUACACAGACGCGAUCAAUUGCGUUAUGGCUUUUCCUUCGAACUUGAACCAAACACAGUAUAGUGGUGCCAUCAACCGUUAUUUCGACUAUGCGACAGUACACAUCAAUCUAACUCAGGUUGUGCACCUCGAUGGGUUCUUUCUUGUCUGGCAUCGCAUGUUUGUCCAUCUCUUCGAACAAGACAUGCGACAAAACUGUGGCUUCAAAGGCCCUAUGCUCUACUGGAAUUGGCCAGCUACGGCGGCCGACAUUGACUCAACCCCCAUUUUCAACGGCGAUGCAUACUCAAUGUCCGGCAAUGGCGAAUACCUCAACGCUGGACCUUACCAAGUCGGUCCCAAUUUCACUGUGCCUCAUGGUUCAGGGGGCGGUUGUGUCACGUCCGGGCCCUUUGCGAACCACAUCAUCACCAUGCAGCCGAGUAUUGACCCCCUGUUUCUGCUCACAGGCGAGCCACUUCCUCAGACAGUGUUUGUGAAGAACGAAUCUUGCCUGACGCGAGACCUCAACUCUUGGGUGGCACAGAAGUUCGAUAACUGGACAAGGCUUGAGGACGCCAUCAACUGCCCUGACCAGGCAUGCCUUGCCGGCGAACUCAAUGGUGCAUUUGGCGGCGCUGACUUUGGGCUUCAUGGUGGUGCGCAUUUCUCAGUUGGACCACCAGAGUCCAAUAUCUUCGUGUCCGUGCAAGACCCGAUUUGGUGGCCUUUGCAUACGAUGCUGGACAACAUCUAUGUCCAAUGGCAAAAACGACAUCCGGAGAUUGCGGAUCAGAUCUAUGGCACCGAGACGGCGAACAAUGUUCCGCCCAGUGCCAACGUUACUUUGGACUCUUGGACACCAGACUGGGGCUAUUUCGGGCCAUCGAUGCAAAUGAAGGAUCUAAUAAGCACUACUGCUGGACCUUUCUGCUAUGAUUAUGAAUGGGAAGAUGGUCCAUACACGGAGUAA